AUGAGCAGUAUGGAAAAGGAUAGACUGAGAAAAGAAUUUUUCCAACCACUUAACCCGCCUUCUGGCGAAGAUUUAUGGUCACGUCUCAUUCAACAGAAGAUUCCUGACAAUCAAAAACUCGCAUUUCAGCAGCUCGUACGAGAAUUAAUAGAACAACGGAAGGCUGUGCACAAACUAUGGAAAUACGUGGUUCUCUUCCUAUUAAUUGGUUUUCUGGCAGCGCUACUUGUCUACUUUUUCACGUGUUGGGCAGAAUAUUUGGAGGUCGUCGAGACCAAGUACAUCAUUCGUGCCGAGAUCUUCGCAUCAGUUUUGCAUCAUUCGCUAAUCCCGUGGAAUCUCACCAACUCCGUUUAUGCACCAAUCUGUUUGGGAGUGUCUGUGAGGUCAUUCGGAGAGCCGCCGUCACGUUUGAUUGAGACCACAGCUCGAUUGGUGACAAUUGUUUCUCUCGUUAUGCUUGCUAAGGGAAUUCGAUUGGGCUGGAAAAUUUGGCAAGUUCGUAAGACGACGAAUGUGGAUCCGGAGGAGCUGCAAAACGAUCCGAUAAAAGUGUUGUCAGAAACGCUUCAGAAGGAUUUCCUAAGCCAUAUAGCGGACUCGGGUUUAGCAUUCUGA